AUGGGCACGGAGGAGAUAGACACUCAAGAAGAAAACAAAUUCGAAGGCUGGAAGAGCACCUUCGACUGGGUCAUGCGACAGCACAUUGAAGUUGAGGGUCUCUCAGCCUUUCCUCUCCCAGCUAAACGGGACCCUGUCCCCAAGAGGGUUGACGUCGACGUAACAGUGCACAAUACUCCGAACCUAAAAGUCAUCAGCUGGAUCGACCCGAAUGAAAAGGUAGUCUUCUGA